AUGCGGGUGGUGGUGCAGCAGGGAAUGGAGGGGAUGAUUUAUGCUUCGAGAGAUGUAUUUCUACUCGAUCGCUUCCCAUGCAGAAUGGUACAGAUGGUAGCAUGGGUAGCAGGAGUGGACCACAAGGAUACAUCCAUGACCAUAACCCUCGAUGAUGGAGAUGGCCAACACGUCUUACCUGUGCUACUCCGUCUAUCACCCAUCGCUCAUACCCACAACUCCAGCUCUUCUCGAUCCAAGUCCAAAACAGAUAAAGCCGUUUUCGCACGAACCACAUUCGCUACUCUGUCCGAGCGUGAGUCUCGAGCCUACGCAAAACGCAAAGCUUAUGAAGAGAAUUGGUCAAAUACCAAUGGCUAUCCCAAGAUAUUUCAACGUAAAGAUAUAAGAGUAGGAGACACCGUCAGGAUUAUAGGGAAGGUAGACGAGUGGAUGAGGAAGAAAUCGGAUGGGAGUGGUGAAUGGGUUAGACAGGUCGUGGUGGAUGAGAAUGCUGGUGGGUUCAUAUCCAUCGUCGAUCCCGAUACUCAAUAUACUCAUACUUCUCAAGUGGACCAUCUCCAUCAAACAUUAUAUUCACGUCCAUUCACCUUACCAGACUUGUCGAUUUCUAACAAGACUCCACCGAUAUCACCCAACAGAGAUACAUCUGUAUCUCGAGUCGGCCCCAACAUGUCUGAUGGUCUUGGCACGACACUGACUAGUGAAGCGCCUAGCGAAUUGAGUAUGAUCGAUGCCGAGCCAGAGCUCCGAGACCCCACUAAACUACGCUCGUCCCAACUUACAGACCGUACUUUCCGUCAAUACAUGCUUGACCAUAUGACUCAAGAGACGAUCAAGUCGAUAUCUAAAGCUCAAGAAAUCGGCCCAGAGGUGUUACAUGGUGAAUUAGGUCACUAUCUUACGGAAUAUAGAGAUGUUCAAGAUGACCCUUCGACAAGUGGUAGAUCAAGAAUUUUGGGUAAAAGUUCCAGUGGAUCAGGUGUAUUUGCAAAUAGCACCAAGGUCAACACGCCUUCCUCAUCAACAUCUAUAGAUCACGCGACCACUCCUACGCAGAAAACAUUCAUAUCUCGGAAAAAACCUGUCAAGUCUACCUCAACACCUUGCUCUCUUGGUUUACUCAGACCGUUCACACCAUCAUCCAUCUUAGUCGAUGAGCGAUUGAGCAUCUUGGCUACACUGGUGGUGAAUAAUGAGAUACGCAGAGAGGAACGAAGGAGACGACGGAGGAUAAGGGACGGUACAGCGACAAGGAAGGAUUUGUUGGUUGACAGAGAAAGAAAUACGUCUACCAAUGGUGUGAUGAUCGAUGAGAAAGAGAGAAACAAGAAGAUUGAGAGAUUGGUCUCAUGGGCGAUAAGGAAUGUAUCAGAGGAAGGUAAUUUGGUUCAGGUCACUCUCCCUCCCACGACAGCACCAUCUUCGACGAAAUCUUCCAGCAGCAAUGGAUAUGUAACACAAGAUAGAUAUGGUUAUUUGCCUUUACCUAGUCAACUCCUCUUACCACUGCUCAUACCUCACCUCCUGGCAGAAAGGGAUCUACGCAAAAACUCGAUCAGAAGGAAGAACGAUUUCAAGUCUGUAAAUGGGAUGACGGUAGAUGAACUGACGAGUGUGAUGAGGAAGUGGGGCCAGGAAGGGAGAUGGGAGAGAGUAGGGGAUUGGAACAUCGAGGAUGCUCUGGAGUAUGGAGUGGAUAGAGGAAUAUUGAGGAAGGAGGGGAAAGGUUAUUGGGUGGUGGAGUCGAUGUGA